AUGAGUGAACCGAAAGUCGAUCAGUCGUCGCAAGAAGACACGCCCAUUGCCUCCGAUACAACAGGUGAUGACGAGAAUGUCCCUAGUCUCUCGACCUGGAGGUUGGCUUUUGUCACUACGGGAAUUCUCCUCACAUAUUUGACAGUGGCAACGGCCCUUCCUACAAUCGCAUCAGAAUUCAACAGCACACAAGAUAUCGGGGCAUAUGGAUCAGCAUUUCUGCUCCCUCAGGCGGUCCUGCAGCCUUUCUUCGGGAAACUCUAUGCGGUAUGGAGUAUCAAACCAGUAUAUUUGGGAUCGCUCGCUAUGUUCGAAGUUGGAUCGGUCAUUGCGGCAACAGCAAAAACUUCGAGUGCCCUAAUCGGUGGUCGUGCGCUGUCUGGGAUCGGCGCUGUCGGUUUGACCGUGGGCGGUUUGAUUAUUCUCACAACGCUAGCAAAGCCGCAGGUGCAGAAUCUUCUGGUCGGAAUUGCGAGCUCUGUCAUCAGCAUCAGUUCUGUCCUUGGCCCCCUUUUCGGGGGACUGCUGGUUGAUGGCCCCGGAUGGCGAUGGUGCUUCUGGAUCAACUUGCCUAUUGGAGGGGUAGUGAUUUUACUGCUCUUUGCAUCAAUGACGUUCUCAACGCCCAAAACACCUGCGAGAGAGCAGCCACUCAAGGAGAAGCUCAUGCACCUGGAUCUGCUGGGAACAGCGAUUUGGGCGCUUUGUCUAAUCUCGUUGCUUCUGGCAUUGCAGUAUGGCGUACAGCGACCGUGGAAUGACACCACCAUAAUCGUCUUGUUCUGCGUCUCGGGGGCGUCUUUGCCGGUGUUUCUGUUCCAACAAUUCAAACGCACCCGUCAAGGACUCUUUCCCCUGCGCAUCAUUCGCCGCCGCAAUGUUUGGGCAGCUUGUGGGCUGUUGUCAUUCCUUUUUGCAACUUUGGGAGCCAUCUUCUACUAUCUCCCAUUAUUUUUCCAGGCGGUGCAAGGUCUUUCCGCCCAGCAAAGUGGGUUCCGCACCAUCGCAUACGUUGUUUCCUCCGCCCUUGGUGUGGGCAUAGCCGUAGCGGCGAUGACCCAGCUGCGACACAUCAAUCCACUUCUGAUCGUCGGAUCGUCGAUUUUCUGGAUCUCCACGGGACUUUUCACCACGUUCAAAGUGGAUAGCUCAACUGCAUACAUCGUGGGGAUUCAGGUCUUGGCCGGAGUGGGGUUCGGGCUAUGCGUUCUCUGUCAAACAGUUUGUCCGAGAUUGGUUCUUGACAAGAUGGAAAUCCAGUUGUGCCAUAGCGUUACGCUGAUGCUGCAGGUCUUGGCCAGCACAUUUGCCAUUCAAAUUGCCAAUAUCGCACUCAGCCAGAUUCUCUCCGAUAAUUUAGAGAGUCUGGAUCUCCCCUCUGCGAUUCAGCAAGCAGCGCUCGCAGACCUAGAGCAUAUUCGGGCGAAUCUUCCUGCUGAUGCGGUCGAUCGGGUUUUAGGGGCGCUUGCCAACGCAUUCCAAAAGGCAUUCAACAUCGGAAUCGGAACUGCGGCCGUAGCGUGGGCAUUUUCGCUGCUCGUCGAGUGGCGCCGGGUGGAGGGGAAGGAGAAGAGCGAAGAACCCGAGUUGUCAGACGGGCCCGGGCCCACAUCGUCAGACUAG